AUGUCGGAGAGCAUUGGAAUCGCCGACGUGGACGAGCUCCUCAGCCGACUCGAUGCCGCUCGCGACGGUUACCCCGUUACUAACCUUGACCCUUGCCUCAACGUCGCUGAAGUCGUUCCCUACGCCGCCAGCUCGAUUAUGAACCCCUCGGCCUCGCGGUUCCCAACACCGUACCAGGGCUUCGCACUCCAGAACUGGGGUCCACCGCCGUGCCCAUCUUCAAUGCCCAACCCGUACAACAACCCGAAUCUGUGGGGUGACUACCUUCCCUCGGCCCACACUCUUCACCCUCAACUGCCCCAGGCCCCCUUGGCGCCCUUCCACCAAGCUCCUCCAGGCAGUGGUUUCUGGCCUGUCCAGUCACCGCCGACGCUCAACGCUCCUCACCUUCCCUCCCCGCGUGUAGGCGGUGACACAGCCCUUCCUCCAGCUAACGGCGCCUCACCCACUGGCGCCCUGCAGCUGCUUUUGGGCACCUCGAACGCUCAGGAGGCGUAUCCCUCUCCCCCGUCCAAUGCCACGAGCAAGGUUGACAAGUCGUCCCCGAUUGCAGGACACACGAUCCUCGUCAACAGCGAACCCAAGAAGACUCCCGCGGAUGACGACUACUUGGACGAUGAUGGAUGGAUCGACGCAGCCAUUGCUGAGAUGAACGAGGCUAAGGCGGCUGGGCAGCCAGAUUCUGGCCCCACGAGCAAGUAUCUUUCUCCACCCGCCCAGUGGUCCUCUACCCCGUCUCACCACCCUCAGGACACCGGGAAUCCUCAACCAUCUCCCGAGCUUCCUCGGAACCAGCACCUUCCUCCCCUCACCCAGGCCCCCUCUCUACCGCCUGAGCUCUUAGAGGCCCAUACAAACCUUCUCAAGGCGACCAACGUACCAGAGCUACACUCUGUUAGCACCUCCGUGGUCGAGCGGUCCGAACCCACCCAGCCUCCAGUACCUUUACAGAACCGCAGAUCGCCGUACUUCCUCCGCGAAGGCGAAUCUGAGGGACACGCCGGGGACCGCUUGACGCGCCGCCCGCCAGCACGCCCGCCGUCAGCCUCGACAGUGAGAUUCCCCAAGCUCCCGCCACCCCCCGCAGGCCAUAUCCCGCCGCCCGACGCUCAACUCACGUCGCCGGUUGAACCGCCCACUACCACGGGGCCUAGCAAGUUCAUCAAGAAGGGAAGCUUUCCACGGGUGUCGGUGUAUGCUCUCGAAACAAAUGAGGAGCGCCAGUUAUUCUCGUUCCGGGAGUUCAACGAAAUGCAGAGCACCAUCUUUCAGACGGCGUACAAGACCGAUCAGAACAUGGUGGUGUCUGCGCCCACCGGAUCGGGCAAGACGACUGUGUUCGAGCUGGCUUUCCUCCGCAUGUUGCAGUUCAAGAGCUCGGCGUACACUCCUCUGGCUAUUUACAUGGCUCCGACGAAGGCCCUCUGUUCCGAGCGGUACUACGACUGGCGGGAGCGCUUCAAGGCUCUCAAUGUCAAGUGCAUCGAAUUGACAGGCGACACAGAGAUCUACAAUAUCCAGACGUACACCGAGAGUGCAGACUUGAUCAUCACAACAAUUCACACUCUUAACGAGGAACGUGGUGCUACUCUAGAGGUGGUCGUCUCACGUAUGAAGAAGCGCGGGGAUGGGCUUCGGUUUGUGGCAGUUUCUGCAACGGUCCCGAACAUUGACGAUGUGGCUCGCUGGAUCGGAAGCAAGGAGCAGGGCAAGUCUCAAGUGCGUAACGAAGAUGGCGACGACGAGCCCAUGCCGCCAGUCGAAUACGACGACAUUGAGCAGAUGCCCAAGGCCCGCGUGUUCAAGUUUGGUGACGAAUAUCGACCUGUGCCUCUCACGCUGCAUGCGGUUGGUGUCGAUGCACCGAACGAGUUUGCGCUGGGCGGUCGACUUGACAAGGAGCUAUGGCGUCUGCUCAACCAACAUACUGACGGCCUCCCUACUCUCGUCUUCUGCCCCACUCGCAAAGCAUGCCAAGCCACCGCCGAGCACAUCUUCCAAGAGUACCAGAACGCAGCUACUAACCGUACGCGUUUGCCGUGGGGCGUGAGCGACAACCAACGCGUUAUUCUCAAGGAUGCCAAGAUCCAGAAAUGGACUGAACUCGGCAUCGCCGUCCAUCACGCGGGCUUGGAUCUCCUCGAUCGUCGGACCAUUGAGCAGGCUUUCCGCACCUCGCAGCUCCAUCUACUUAUCGCGACGUCGACGCUGGCCGUUGGAGUCAACCUUCCGGCUCAUCUCGUGGUCAUCAAAGGAACGUCAUGCUGGGCAGGACAAGGUUUUCGAGAGUACAGUGAUAUCGAUAUUCAGCAGAUGAUGGGCCGCGCAGGUCGACCCCAGUUCGAUAACAGCGGUACGGUGGUUAUCAUGUGCAACAACACGAAGCUCCACAAGUACCAGUCAAUGAUGCACUCUAAGACGAUCCUGGAGAGCUAUCUCCAUCAUCAUCUCACUGAGCAUAUCAACAGCGAGAUCGGCCUCGGAACAAUCGGCUCCCUCCAGAACGCUCAGGAGUGGCUACGCGGAACAUUCCUCAGCAUCCGCAUCCGCCAGAACCCAAAGCACUACCAGGAGACGAUGACCAAGGAUCACACCAAGAGCUGGGACGCGACGCUCGAUCGAUUCGUGGAAACUUCCGUGUCCGAUCUCAAGAAGCACGACUUCAUCACUGACGAUCCCGAGGUGAUCAAGGAAAAGACUGAGGAUGGCUCCGAACCCAAAGAGCUGCUCCCAACGAACCUGGGCACGAUCAUGAGCCAGAACUUUAUCUCAUACAGGACGAUGUGUCACAUUGUCAGCAUGGACCCCGACUCGAGCCUCCGCAGUCUGCUAGAACUUCUUGCAGGAUCAACCGAGUUUUCGAGCCUGCGAAUCCGGCAGGGAGACCGGGCGCUGCUCAACACGCUGCGAGUGCACAAAGACAUCAAGUAUCACCUUGACACCCCGGCAAAGACGUACGCCGAUAAGGUGUUCCUACUGGCUCAGGUCACGUUCGGCAACGUCAACCUAGACGAGUUCUCGACCAAGACGGAGAACACGUCCCCGCUACAGACGCAAAUCCUAAUCUUCAAUGUUGCUCCCCGUCUUGCGCGCGCCAUCUUCAACGUUACCUGCCACAAGCAGUAUGGCCGAGCUGCUGUGGCGGCGAUAGAGCUGUGCCACACCGUUCACGGCAAGGCGUGGGAGGACACAUCCGCCGUCUUCCGCCAGAUUGACAAGAUUGGUCCCAAGUCAAUCACUGUGCUGGAAUCCAACGGCAUUCACACGUUCGACGACUUGCUCAAGUUGCAGCCCAGUCGGAUCGAGAUGUGGCUGAACCGCCAUCCUCCCUUCGGCACAGAGGUGCUGGAACGUGUGACGGCUCUACCACGGUUCACUAUCGAGUUCACCGAGGAAGGCAGGAGCCAAGACGAGAACGGCUACCCCACAGUGCAAUUGCGUCUGCAGAUCAGGAAUAGUGGCCAACUCGUGCACAAACCGACCAAGGGAGGGGCAAUCCGCGGCAACCAGAAACGCACGAAGGCUUACAACCUCAUUAUCCUCACUGUGACUACCAAAGACAAUCGCUUCAUUGACAAGCGAGCCAUCGGCACGAACCGACUUAGCGAUCGAGUUCGCGAGUUUGGACUAGAGGCGACGCUCUACUACCCAGACGAGAGAAUCAUGUGCAUCGCUGGAGUGGAGGAGAAGAGUGGUCUGUCCCGCACGUUCAUGUACAAGCCGCGAAUCCCGGCGGACAAGUUCCCUAAGCGUGAGGAGAUCAUCGCUCGCAGCAACGCCGGUGAACCUGGAUCUUCAAUGACAAUUGCACCCUCGCGUGCUACCCGGCGCUCGAAGUCCCCUCUGUUCCUCGGCGUCGACGACAGCGACGGCGACGAGCUCAUCGAUCUGACAGUGCCAAGGGAGAUGAAGAGCAACAACAAGAAUAAGCGGCCUCGCGAAGUGGUGGCCAAGCCGAAGACGCGCAAGCUGGCGUUAGCUGUCAAGUCGUUCAUCGACGAUGAGGCCAUCGACGACGACGAGGAACCGGAUGAUGACGACAUGGACGACGACGAAGAUGGGUUCAUCGACAUGGGUGACAGACCUCCGCCUCACAAGUCGUCGCGUUCGGCUGGGAAGACGAAUGCAUGUGCGGAGCGCACCUCCAAGUCCAAGAGAGCUGCUCUCCCUGUCGGCCAGACGAGCAGCAAGAGCUCUUCGUCCACCAGCAAGACGCUUGGUUCGGCCAAGCCUGCCUGCAAUCGCUCCUCGACAAUUCUCGACGAUGCUCGUGGCGAUAUCGACCCGGGUCAGAAGAGUAUUGCAGAGAAUGAAGCGCUUCCUGAGGCGCUCCAAAUCGCCAAGCCGCCAGCUCCCCCGCCCGUUCUCUCGGUCGAUGAGCAGUUCCAGGAAUGGUUCGGCGAGUUCCUCUAG